ACGACCAUCCUCCUCGAUGACCUGAUUUUCGAUCGAGCCGGCCUCUCAGUUUCACAAUCAUCGAUAUUCCGUCCGUCUAGGCCCUCAUGAUUUCAUGAAGACAGUAUGACUCAACUUACAGCGGAAUACCUGACAGCAGGAGCCAACAGACACCCAUCUGCUGCGGACUGGGAUACAAGUGGUCUUUUGGCCUUCGGUGCUGACAGGAAUGUUGCUCUCUGGCAACCACAGAACACACGUUCGCAAGGAUUAUUGGCUCUUCUCAGCGGCCACACAGACACUGUGAACGCUGUGAAGUUCAUUCCGGAAUCCUCAAGGAUCUUGGUCAGUGGGUCCGUGGACAAGACCUUGAGAGUAUGGAAAGAAGAUCCAACAUCAGGGCUUUACACGUGUAUCCAGACACUCUCAGAUCAUCAAAGCUCUGUCAAUUGUGUUGCAGUAUCCAGUCGCUCUUCUAGGAUAUUCGCAUCGGGUGCCGCUGAUGCGACUGUCAAGAUCUGGGAGCUGGAUGAUCAGAAUGUCGCAGCCCUGCAGCAGAGUAUCAGCAUUGUUCCUCGGUUCUUCCCACUCGCUCUGGCCUUGAGCCCUCUGGCUGGAGCCCCUGAAUCUUAUGUGCUUGCUGUAGCAGGCACCAAGGACAUCAUACAGAUCUAUGUCAAGGAUUCCGAGAAAAGUCCUGACUUCAAGUUGCAAGCUACGUUGUCUGGCCAUGAAGGUUGGAUUCGUUCUCUUGAAUUUACUCAGGAGAGCUUUAGACCUGAUAGUGACCUCAUCUUAUCAUCAGCAAGCCAAGACAAGUACAUCCGGCUAUGGCGUAUUCAUCAGGGCAAAGAGCUUCCAGCAGCCGCUGCUUCAGCAGACCCAUCUCUAGGCGCAUUCAUGCCUGGAAAAUCUUUAUCCAACAGAGCUCAUCGCUUCAAGGCCGAAGGACUUGACUUCUCUGCUACAUUCGAAGCACUCUUGCUGGGCCACGAAGACUGGAUCUACAGCACAAAAUGGAAGGCUGUUGGCAAUAAGCUACAGCUACUUUCAGCAUCAGCAGAUAACUCUCUAGCUAUCUGGGAGCCCGACUCGACAACAGGAGUAUGGGUCACCGUCGCAAGGAUGGGCGAAAUAAGUGCAGAGAAGGGUUCGACGACAGCGACCGGCAGCACAGGAGGCUUCUGGACAGGACUGUGGUCUCCAUCAGGGGAGACUGUAGUUUGUCUUGGACGAACAGGGAGUUGGAGACUAUGGAAUCACAAUAUGGACGAAGAUCGAUGGGUCCAAGGUGUUGGAAUCAGCGGUCAUACUCAAGCCGUUACUGGUAUCGCUUGGUCCAAAGAAGGAGAAUACCUCCUCUCCACCAGCUCAGACCAAACCACACGUCUACACGCAAAGUGGAAGCGUGAAGAUCUCUCUUCUUGGCAUGAGAUGGCACGUCCGCAGAUCCACGGCUACGAUCUAAACUGCAUCGACUCUCUCGGAUCAUCACAAUUCGUCUCUGGCGCCGAUGAGAAACUCAUGCGUGUCUUCAACAAGCCCCGAGCAGUUGCCUCUUUACUCGCCAAACUAUGCGGCUUUUCAGACUCGCACAUCGAAAGCAUGCCUGAUGCUGCGAAUAUGCCGGUACUAGGACUCUCGAACAAAGCCAUCGAAGCCGUAGACGACGACCAAGAAGUCGUAAACGGGAACAACAACGAUCGCGAGGCAAUCGACCCGGCAUCCAUCGUUCAUAAAUCAACACUCAACCUCGACCACCCACCUCUCGAAGACCAUCUCUCUCGCCAUACCCUCUGGCCAGAGACCGAGAAGUUAUACGGACACGGAUAUGAAAUAUCCUGUUUAGCAGCAAGCCAUGACGGCUCUCUCAUCGCAACAGCUUGUAAAGCAAGCUCAAUCGAUCACGCUGUCAUCAGACUCUUCGAAACACAGACAUGGCACGAAGUCAAGCCUCCCUUGACGGCUCAUUCAUUGACUGUCACUCGAUUGCGCUUCUCUCCCGAUGACAGGUAUCUUCUAAGCGUGGGACGAGAUCGUCAAUGGGCUGUCUUUUCUCGGGACGAGAAAGAUAGGAAUCAGUAUAAGCUGGCAACGUCUAAUCCUAAAGGUCAUACUAGGAUGAUUCUUGAUGCUGCUUGGGCGCCUACGGAAACAAGGGUCUUUGCUACUGCGGGCCGAGAUAAAGUGGUCAAUGUGUGGGGUGUUGAGGAUGGUGGGGGAGAAGUGAACUUUGUUCUCAAGACGAAGAUUGCCGCAGAGCAUCCUGUUACCGCUAUUGACUUCGCCACCGCACCGAUGGCAGAUGGAAAGGUAUACCUCGCUACUGGGACGGAAGUUGGAAGAGUGAGAGUCUACUGCAUAAAUGUGAAGGAAAGUUUUGAGGCGGUGGAACUCGAUUCGAGUUUCCAAAGCACUUAUUCAUUCCCAACGAAAGCUAUCACACAACUUGCUUGGAGACCCACGAGCAAGGAAGGAGGAGAUGAAGUAGAGCUCGCAAUUGCGAGUGAAGAUAGUUCGUUGCGGAUAUUUUCUAUAGCUCCUUCUAGCUGAAUAAGAAAGAUUACCAUUCAUCGCUUCUUUUAUCGUUGAACAAGGCCGUGCUGUUAAAGACCACGACCCACAUCUAGUUGAAGACCAGUUCUGUUGAAACCUGCGCCGCGCUGUGCUGGUUGAAGAUAUGCCGAGAUGCAAAUGCCAAAUAAACCCUCCCUUCGCUGUUGAACCAUGCG